CCCGUACGGCUGCCUUUCCAGCAACCUCUCAACACCACAGUCCAAAGUCGUGAAAAGUCGUGAAAAGUCCUGAGAAGCCCUGAUCGCCGGUGGAAACUCCUACAGUCUCUCGAUGACCUACGCAAUGAUAUCCUUCAACUAACAAAUAUCACUUACAUCUCAGGUCUCUCCUACCACGCGUUUUCCCCAACCCGACGAGUCAUCUCCAAGUCCAUCUGUGUACACAGCACCAUUGCAAUACACCAAUUGCGGCGGAGGCAUUGCGAAGUCGGCGCGGCGCGAAUCGGAUGGCGGUCAAUUGAAGAAAAAAAAACUCAACAGAUUCCAGCAGCAAGAUGCAACCUUGGAAAUGUCGCUAGCCUUGCAGCUUGAUCCGAUCAACUUGACAAGUGGGCCAGACAAGCUAAAGCUCCGAGUCGAUUCUGUGUUACAUUUAGACGUGCCGGAAGGCACAUCACAGUUGUCAAAGGAACAAACUUUUCUUGCGUUAGCUGACGGUAAGUUGUGGGCGACUCGAGGCCGAAACUGUUGUUUCGAUUUCUAUAUCCACUGGGACGACGAAGAAUUUCUCAAUAGAAACCAGAAUCACAUUGUGGAAAGCCUCGGAAACCGAUUGCAAAACUCAUACGUAAGCUUGCCAUUUGUUGAUUGGUCUUCUCUUCUAACAAUCCCAAGUUCUGGACCCAGCUCUCCUUGUCAGCCUCCCUUGAUAUCCCUCAGUCCGAUGAUACAAACAAAAUUUCUUUCUCACUACGUCUCGGUCCCAAGAAGCCUCCAUCCAGUUCAUCAUUGCCCCAAGAAGACUGGCUUGCGGGAAAUAUUGAUGUGCAACCACCAGGCGGUGUCAGACGUGCUACUGUUGAAAAAGUACAGGUACAAUUGAAAGUCCAGGUUAUACGUGACAAGUCCGAAAAUGCGCCAAAAAGAUCUAAAGCAACGAGUUCUGAGCGAGAUACUAUGCUGCUGGAUACUUAUCUGGAUAAUUGUGAGGGAUUUUUGACUAAUAUAUGCGAAAAUAUUCCUCGGAUUCUUGCAACAAGCUCUGAAAUUCUCGGGUCAGGAGACCUUCAGUACGAUUCCCAACUACCCCAACAAGCCCCCUUGUGGAACCAUGAAUCCAUCAGAUUCCAGAAUUCCAUUGAUGGUCCAGAGGAUAUGUUGCUCGCACCUUGUGAAGUCCCUUUCAAGCCUCUUACUGAGGAGGCCGACAUGCUCUUGUCGCAGUCAUUCGAGGCUGCUCCUCCCUUACAUUCCCAGUCUUCAACUACCUCAACACUCUCCUCUCAGACAUCUUCUUUUUACAAACGGCCCCUGCCAUCAGAUUCUCCUGUGAUACUUGCUGAACCUAUUCAAAAGUUUGUUGAAGUGGCAGUCCAUACGCUAAUGACCGGGCGUCAAGUAAGACGCCCCAAAGCUUAUCGGGACAUUGUUGCUCGACCGCCACAUCCAACUCAUUCUCUUGCAAGACUCUGCCCUGGAAUAUUUGGUGUCGGGUUCAAAGAGGUGAGUUUGCAUGAAACCUAUCCUUGCUUAUCUUCUUACAUUGUCAUAGGUAAUGGCGAGUAACAAUCAAUUUAUAACAACAAUUACCAGAACGAUAUCUGUCUCUUGGCCGCAAAACGUCCAAUCGCCCACUCUUCUGAAAAAACUUGACCGAUUGGCACAUCAGUCAAACGAUGCUAAUGACUCCAGACAGGGAGGUAUUCCACGAAAUCCGCUGUCGACUGCAGUUAGCAGUUCACUUUGGGCAAUGAUGCAGAGGAACUCAUAUCUGGCGACCUCCUCAAGGCAGUUGGCGUGGGAAUUUUUGGACAACAUGGAACACAGCUCGGGUGGAGGGCUAUUGGAGUCUCAGUCAAAGCCUCUAGAUGCGGAAGAGCUGGAAAAUACGUCCGAUUUCGAAGAUAUGCUCGCUAAGGGCGACGAGAACUAUGACGAAGACCUGCUUGAUUUCGAAAGCCUCCUCGCCGAGGACCACUAUAGCGAUGACGGGCUUCUCCACUUACUUGUUGGAACGGCAGAAGAGAAUAUUCAGACGGAGCAUGAGACUGAUGAAAUACUGUUUGGUCAGGAGGAGUAUCACUAUCAGGAAAGUGAUGAUACGAUAUUGCUACUAGAAGAUAUAGAAGAUCAUGCUAAUGAGAAAUAUAUGCUUGUCUAAAUCAAUACUCUCUUUACUUGCAUUAAUCGCCCGUGGUGAAGGCGGUAUACAUAUUGGUGAGUACUUCAGCACUUCCUCAACCUCUGCAUAACCUGGAAAUAGGUAUAUCACGGCUAUCACGUGUUAGGCCAAGAGCGUAACAGCAACCUAUGU